GCUGACAAACACAUUCAGACAUUGUCUUCACUUACUGCAGGUCAAUCUCUUCAUCGAUGGAGUGUUGAACAGAAACAUGGCAGAAACAGAAAAACCGAGUGCCCAAACUCAAGAAGGGAUACAGUUCAAAGGCAGCUGCGCCUGCGCAAGAAUCUCAUACCAAUGCUCUGGUCUUCCUAGCUCUCGCAGCAUAACCGCUUGCCACUGCGUCACCUGCAGGAAGGUCUCUGGCGGCCCAUACCAGGCUUACGUCGAUGUUAAAGCCAGCACCGUGAAAUUCUUCGAUCACAAAGAAGCUCUGCAAUAUGAAGGCCUUCCGAAAGACAACAUGGGUGGCAUCGUCUUCAUAAGAUUUUCCAAGGUUGGAGAACGAGCAUAUUGUGCGACCUGCAAUACACCACUAGCAAUGCGCUACAAGAUUGAGAUGGAUAUCACUGCCCUGGCCCUCGGAGCUGUUGACGAGGACUCCUUGACUCCGGCGGCGAGGGAGGCUCUGCGGCUAAGUACCCACAUCUUCACCAGUCAAAAGGCAUGGUGGGACAUCAAGGAUGAUGGCUUGACAAAGCACGAUCGCUUUGGAAACGAUUUUGAGGCGAAGUUGUCGCAGUAUGAAUCGGUAUUGUCGGGUGAGGAGAAGAAGGCUUGAAUCGGGAAUCUGAUCGCCUUGGUCGGAUGAAUGAAGAGUGCCGAUUUCAGGGUGCUCUAUGGCCGGUCAGGUCAAGUCAUGUCUAUACCAGUGAGUGGAGACCACUGCGGUAAAUCAGGCCUUUGGCGUGUGGAGUGCCAUUGCGAGAAGCAAAGGAAAUCUCUCGGCCUACCAGGCGGGUAAUCGCUCAUUGCGAUUGCUGCUGCCCCUGGUGCAUUCAUAAUUGGAUCGCGUCCACUGGAAUGACCGAGCGAGGGUCCAUAACAUCUUUUCAGUAUGAAUAAGAAGUGGCUGUGGGUUCCUUAUUGGAUAGCUCGAUGCCAGUCCUGUUUUGACUUCAUGAUGACUUUGCUGGU